UAUUAUGAUAUCCAACCCUUUCCAAAAAUCAUCGCCAUGGGUGCGGUCGAACAUAAUGAGGUAGGAAGAAAGCAAUCAAAUUGGUUUCAUCGACAGGUUCUCGCCCAAGUGAUCUGCCGUCUGCCAGAGAGGCCUUGUGUCAUGACUUCCUGGGACAUGGGAUCGCAGCGCAUGCUUGUAUUUAUUCGGACCGAUCGGAUUACAGAGCUCGUCCUCCUUCAGCCGCUCUUGGCAACACUCUGUUGCCAAGAGAGGCUUUACAAACAAGGGAACCGGAAGGAGUGUCUACCCCAGGCUUGCGCGGCUUUUUCGUGUAAGCCACCUGACAAGGAGCUGAUCGAGGUGGAUGGCGACCUGAGAACCAUCCUUCAAGAAGGAGCCAGCGAGGCAAUGGGAGCGAUCUCCGUUUACCCAGAGAGUAUCGUAUCUGUGAGCUGUUCGAAUCUCAUCUACAGACAAUCCGAAGAAAAGCUCGCUGGGGGCGGUGGAUCGCAAAAAAAUCCCGCGGAAAGUCUCGAACUAGUAGGAAGCGGCGUACUGCUAGGUAUCCAGGAGCGCGAAAUACCACUUCUACUGACUCUUCGGCCCAUGGGGAUGUCAACGAGUCUCCCCAUUAUACAAGUGUCGGUUUCCACACAUGGACUACUACGGGGGCUACAACCUUGUUCAAAAGGAGCAUCCUCUCCACAGAGUCUGAUUAUAUGUUAGCAUCACUCAUAC